CGCUUUGCUUCUACGAAUGCAGCGACUUUUUCUCUCUGCGCUUUCUCGCUACCACAGAACUCCUCGAUUCUUUUUACCUCGCACCAUUAGUACAGGUCCAAUAUAUGAAGGUUCCAUCUUACUUCCUGGGUACAGCCAUCGAACCGUACGCAUCGACAAUCUCCCCCAGGAUUACGAUCUCAACAGUGUUCUCAAUGCCAUCCAAGCCAACCCAGUGGAGAGAAUAUUGACCCGGCACGAUCAUGUCUUGGUCCAGUUCUUCAGCAAUGAAAUGGCUCAGCGCUGUGUCCGAGAUUACCAAGGCCUUCUGUCGUUGACAAUACACCCUCAUCCUAAUCCACCGUUAUCCUGCUUUCUCGUUGCUGCCCUCGGCUAUCUUUCGUUGUCGCGCGUUCUGGAAGUUGACAAUAUACCGCUGGACAUAACCGAAGACACCUUCAAAGACCAAGUCCGUUGCUACUCUGCAUCUGUUCAGAGGUCAGAGUCAGAAGCUCGGGCUCGAGCUCGACUCGAGUUUCUGGACAUACAUGAUGCUAUCAAAGCAAAGGCGACCCUUGUGCGCCUCGAGUCAUUCAAAGACGCGAAAAUUAUCUACAAGGAGCACCCAGCGAGCUACAUGUUUCCCUCUUGGUUCACUCCAUCAGUGGAUGAUGCACCAGACGCUAAACGAAAAGUCGUUAUCGACAAUAUACCCGACGGUGCUGCCGUGGUGGAAUGUCGGAGGUGGACAAAUGCCUUUGAUUUGAUUACGCCAACGACGCUGUCAUGCGCCCGUUUUACUAGACUUAAAACAUUGGUUGUCAGCUUUGGCACAACUGAAUCUGCCCAAAAUUUCCUUCAGAGAUACAAGCCACGGGCUAAAACUCGAGGCAUGUCAAUGUCGUUGGCGCAAGAUAGGUCUCGGUACAUCGAUCGUUGUAUCCUCACCGCAAGAGACUUGGGUGCGAACCGGAAAGUUCACAUACAUAUUGGUCAAGGGCACAGGAGAAGCGACAAAGAUUAUAUCCACAUGUUCCAUCGUUAUGGGGGUUUAUCAUCUGUUGCGGAUAGAUUUCAGUACGUACAAUUCAUGAUGCCUGCCGCAACUGAGUAUAUGUUUAUUUGUCAUGCAGAGAUGGUGCUUCAGAAGGGACACUUUGGAUCGAGUAUCAAAGUAUACAGGGCGCCAUGCGUGCAGUCCUAGCCCUUUGCCACGGUGCUCCCUCGGUACAGGCUUUACAAGGCGCUGACUUUGGUUUCUAUAAUGCGCAGCAUUUGAAGCGCAUGGAAGUACAUUCUAGGAAUGUAACAUGAAGGUCGUCGUCUCAUAGACGACCGUCGUUAUAAAUUUGACGUGCUUAGAGCUGCAAUGGAGAUGAGAUAUUUUUUCUGACAAGGAGCGAUUCAAGGCUAUUUUGAGGGCAAGGGCUCGCUGACGUCUUCAUUACCCCAGAUUGGCCCCAAUUCUGGACUAGCGUUGUCUAAUAUAUUUGAACAAUGCUUCCGCAC